UCGCCUACAGACAAAUGCGUCGUCCGAAAGACCUGCUUUAUGGGUACCUGCCCAUCUACGAGAAGUUUGGAUGAAGAAUCCUGCUAGCGUGGAAGCGUUCAUAAACGAGAUGUCGAAUGACUUCCGGGUUCUCCAGGUCCAUGGAGCGCUGUUCAAAGUUUACACACCCUCGAUUCUUCCGCUGGCGCCGGUGCUAGCAGAAGAAAUCAGCUCCUCAAAUAAGGGGAACCGACCCGAUGACCCAAUCAUACUGUCUGAUCCUCCGGAAUCAGCGAGACAUUUCCAAGCUUUCCUAUUCGGAGUGUACAAACAGUGAGGCGCCGCUACUUUCUUUGCUCCACACUUUUACUGAGGCCCACCCCGCAGACCCAAUCUAGACGCACGUGCUGUGUCUUUUCUUGAUAUCCUCCUAGUUGCCGAGAUGUCCUUUCACUACGGAAACAUGAAUGGCGCAUUCUGGGCCAUGGAGGGUGUCCGAUCGGCUGUGAACGCCACACAAAACAGACCUUUGCGUUCUGCGUCGACGGACGUCUUCGUGCGGCUCCUCGAGGUGGCGUUCAUCUGCGAAGACGAUGCGCUAUCUCAUUCGGUGCAGUCCCAGUGGCUUUGUAGGCUCUUCCGAGGGGAACUGUCUCCGCUGCCGGCGAUAGAAAUGGGGAGCAAAGAGCCUAGUCGGUUGGAGCACCUCCUGAGCCAUGCGUAUUACGUUCAUAUGGUUGCGCUUGAUCCUCUGUUAUCUGCAGGCCAGUCCAUCCAGGCCAAGUCCCCCUUGUCAGGUAUACAGAACCUCCACGUCUUUUGUGGGUAUUAUUCUCUGUCAACGUUUAUUGCGAAAAUACGGGAAUGUCCUCCCCCGUUUCGGAGAGGGAAGGGGUGCACGUCUCAUGUCGAUUGUGAAAAGGUGUGGAAAGCUGGCUGGGCGAUUGCAAUGAGCAAUAGUAUAGUGGGAUCUGAGGUGGAUAUUCUUGGACGUCUGAGGAGGGUCGUGUUGCAACUAGGGAGGGACCAACUGUUGCCGCUUGCGAUGUUCCAUGAGUGUCGUAUAAAUGCGCUGGGAAGUGUUACAAAGCUUCGGGCGACCGUCUCCAAGCAAUUAAAUCAUCAUUUUGAUUUGUAAGUCGGGAGCAAUUUGACGAGGAGAGGCUACCCACAGCCUCAACACACCGCAUGCAAACUUCUUGGGGGUAAGUAUGCGAGAAAAGAAGAGAAGUCUUCGUAUGUUUUAAGCGCAGGUGAGAACCCGUGUCCUGUCAAAGAACAUUGGGUUCAAAACCGUAACCCUUCUAAACCCUAAUAUUUGGACAGCGAAGCAGAUGCUGUCCGAUUCGCUUGUCAAAGUAGUACCCAAUAUGUUAUUUUAUUCUUUCCGGAUUUGCCUCGAAGCAUGUUUAAAAUGGGCAUGCAUUUCUCAGUUCAUAACAUGAACCGAGGACCAUACCAUCUAGCGAAAGCAAACUGAACACACAUGAUUCUGAAAUGCUGAUA